AUGGGACAGAGUGCUGUGAGGAGAACUGGACUGGAAAGGGGAGCAUCAGCGGUCUCUUCGCAAAGUUUUCCUCCACUGCGCCUUACCAAACCUAGACUUCUGGCAGAGAAUGAACAGUCAGAAGAAACUCAUUCCUGGCCCUUCCCUGGUCCAGCUGCCAGCCACGCCAGGCAGCAGCCUUUUGGUCUGGGCCUGCAGGUAGCCCUUGCACUAUGGUUAAGCUUAACUGAAGUGUAUGAGAGAGAAGCUGAGACCUGCCUAAUCCCAGAGUAUGUCUCGGGGGACUUAUUUGAUGCAAUCACAGAAAGUGUGAAGUUCAUGGAGCAUGAUGCUGCUGUCAUCAUCACUGACCUGUGUGAAGCACUGGUUUACAUUCACAGCAAGACCAUUCUCCACAGGGACCUCAAACCAGAGAACCUUUUGGUAAGCAGUGGCAAACGUAUUGU